AAUUUAUUUUUUAGGCAUUGUCUAAGAGGUCACCCAGGAUAAUUAGUCAGACUAAUAGACCUUUAGCUCCUGUAUCUGUUCCUCAAAGAUAUGUUUCUGUUUUACCAAAUGUUAGUAUUACUGGAAAUAAACUAGUACCGGUGGUGAAUACAUCAAAUCCUUUGCAGUCUUCUGGUUUCUCACAACCUGUAGUUGUUUUCUCUACUAAUAAACCCAAAUCAGUCACUAAUUCUAAUCAGUGUAUUGACUUAACUAGGGAGGAAUCUUCAGCAUCAGCUCAGAAAUCAGCAUCUGUUUCCAGUACUGUUGCUUCUAUGCCAGCUGUACCAUCUACUGUCUCAAAAGUCAAUCAUCUUCCUUCCUUGGCAAAUAACUCAAACUUAUUAGUGCCCAUCAGCAAUUUUCUUCAGAUAAUUCCACCUUCACAAAGUAUUUCACAGACGUCUCUGAAUAAUCCUAUGCAGAUGACACGACAAAGUUUCAUCCCACCUUUGCAAUCAGGUCUCAUUGGACAACGUGCUGUAGCAGUGCAGUUGAAUGUAGGGCCACGCAACAUUCCAGUGCAGUCUUUUAACCAACGUUUGCCAACUUAUUUUUUACGUGUUACUAAUCCAGCAACUGCUGCUUCUAUAAAUACUCCUGUAAAUAGUUCUCCAAAAAUGGCUGUGUCACCAUUACCAUCAUCAAGCAUAUCUAGUCCACAGCCAUCAUCUGGAUUGAUUCUCAUUUCACGUACUACAAAGCAUCCUGCUCCAUUUCCUCCAGUUCCUUCAUAUCCUCCUAAUGCAAAAUUAAAAGCUCCACCACCACAGCCAUCAUUAAAAGGUUCUAAAGCUCCAAAUGGUAUCAUAUUGUCCUGGAAUAUGAAUUUAUUUAAUUCUCAUGCAGAAAUUGGUAAUUAUCAGCUUUUUGCAUACCAGGAAACCAGUGGUCCUGUGACUUCAAGCUUGUGGAAGAAAGUAGGAGAUGUUAAAGCCCUGCCAUUGCCUAUGGCAUGUACUUUAACACAAUUUGUUGAAGGUCAUCGAUAUUAUUUUACUGUUCGUGCAGUAGAUAUUUAUUUACGAAUGGGUCCAUACAGUGACCCAGUUAGCAUUAUGUAUACUCAUCAAGAAACAGAUACUGCAGCAAGUAAAUAAUUUUUCAUUUCCAUAUGCGCGUGAGUACUACAUAAAAAUAUUAACAUUGACCAAGAAACUGUUUGUUGAAAUUAUUUUUAAUGUAAAUGAUCUAAUGAUUACUAAGGAGUUGAUGUGAAAGAUCUGAAUAAUUAAUUAUGAGUUUGAAACUUGUAAAUAUGAAUUUCAAGAAUUUUAAUGAUGGCAUGAAAUGUUUUAACCUAUACAGAAAAGAAUUUUGUAAUAAUAUAGUUUCUUAAAUAUUCUGUUUUUCUCUUUGUUGAAUUUUUCACUUUUGUAUUAAUUGAAAAGUUAAUUUAAUGCCCAUAAUAAAAAAUUAACUUAUUUUGAGGUGUUGAAAUUUCUAUGUGAAAUAUGUAUUCAAGCACUGAAGCAUUCUUUGGGCAUUUAAAAGCUUGAUGCUAUAUAUUAAUUUAUGUAUAAUGACUCUUUAAAUCAAAGUAAUUAUACCACAAGUGACUUUACUUUCAUGUUCUUAAUGUUUCUUAACUCCUUAAAAACUAUUAAAUAGAUUCAUUUACUGCACUUUCAAUAUACGGGAUCAGUGAUAUUCAACUUUUACUGUUAUUAAUAAAUUAUUUACAUUUCCAAA